CAGAAGCUCCUCCCUCUUACAACACUGACCAGGAAGAGACGGACUUGUUAUUUCUCUUUUCUGCCAUACUGACUUUGUCUCGACAAAAGCAAUAAAGAAUCAGCGAUCAGUGGAGUACGAAGAGAAAAACUUUACAGAAGAAUUUGAGAAGUUUCUUCCUGAACAAGUUUGAUUCUGAUCUUUGUGAUUCUCAUGGUGAUUCAUUUUUAAAACCGUCGUUCAGAAAGUGAAAGUAAAGUUUAGAUUGCUGGAGCUCAAACAGUGGAAAUGGCUUCACUAAAUGUUUCUGCUGAAGAACUUUCUUGUCCUGUGUGCUGUGAAAUCUUCAAGACUCCUGUUCUUUUAUCCUGUAGUCACAGUUUCUGUAAAGAGUGUCUUCAACAGUUCUGGAGAACCAAGACAUCUCAGGAGUGUCCUGUCUGCAGGAGAAGAUCCUCAAAACCUCAUCCUCCAGUGAAUCUUGCAUUAAGAAACUUGUGUGAGUCGUUCCUGAAGGAGAGAAAUGAGAGGCGUUCAUCAGGGUCUGAGGAGAUCUGCAGUUUACACAGUGAGAAACUCAAGCUCUUCUGUCUGGAGGAUAAACAGCCUGUGUGUUUAGUGUGCAGAGAUUCAAAACAACAUGACAAUCAUAAAUUCAGACCCAUCAGAGAAGUGGUUUCAUCAUAUAAGGAGGAGCUCAAUACAGCACUGAAGUCCUUACAGGAGAAACUUAAACGCAAUUCAACAAUGAAAGCAGAGUUUGAGAAAACAGUUCAACACAUCAAGGCUCAAGCUGAGCACACAGAGCGUCAGAUUAAACAGCAGUUUGAGAAGCUUCAUCAGUUUCUCAGAGAUGAAGAAGAAGCUACAGUCACUGCACUGAGGGAGGAAGAGGAGCAGAAGAAGCAGAUGAUGAAGGAGAAGCUGGAGGAGAUGAACACACACAUCUCAGCUCUUUCACACACACUCAAAGACAUGGAGGAGAUGAUGAAAGCCAGUGACGUCUGCUUUCUGAAGAAGUUUCCAGUCUCAAUGGAAAGAGUCCAGAGCUCACGGCCGGAUCCACAGAUGGCUUCUGGAGCUUUGAUUCAUGUGCCACGAUACUUGGGCAACCUGCCGUUCAGAGUCUGGAAGAAGAUGCAGGACAUCGUCCAAAACACUCCUGUGAUUCUGGAUCCAAACACUGCGAAUCCAUAUCUCGUCCUGUCUGAUGAUCUGACCAGUGUGAGAAAUAGCGUGAACAGACAAACUCUUCCUGAUAAUCCAGAGAGAUUUGACUGUCGUGUGUGUGUUCUGGGUUCAGAGGGAUUUAACUCAGGAACACACUGCUGGGAUGUGGACGUUACAGAGAGUAAAUACUGGGCUCUUGGAGUAACUACAGCAUCAAACCAGAGGAAGAGAGGAGGUUUCUUCAACACUGAUGUCUGGUGUGUGGAGUAUGAUCCAGACGGACAGUAUUUUAGUUCUGGUUUUCCUGUUAAACAGAAGCUUGAUCGUGUGCGAGUGAAUCUGGACUAUAAUGGAGGAACGGUGUCGUUCUCUGAUCCUGUAACUAACACACAUCUACACACACUCACAGUCACCUUCACUGACACACUCUUUCCAUUCUUCCGGUGUUCUUCUUCCGACUCUCUGAGGAUCUUAGCGGUCAAUAGUCAGUAAACGUCUCUCCUGUAGAUCUGGAUCUUCCUGCUUUCAUCAUGUUUCCAAUAUUUACUCCAUCUCACAUGAGUAAGAGUGCUGUUGAUCUGAGUGUCAGUACGGUGGCUGUGAUUGGGCCGUGAUGAUCUUCUUCUUCUUCUUCUUGUAUUUCCGGCAGGCUAGACGCAGCUGUGGCGUAUUGUUGCCCUCCUCUGUUCUCUAAUCGCUAUUUACAACUUUAAAACUGCUUAUCUAUAUCUUUUUAUAUACUCCAAUACUUCGCAAAUACUCCAUCAAUUUUUUUAAUUUUUCCCAACUGUCCAAAUUCAAUAAAGAGCAUAAAUUAAAAACAGUUUCUCCUGUCGCUCCCAGUUCCCUGAACAAUUUCUUCCUUUGCUGAGAGUACCUCCUGCACUGCAUUAAUACAUGCACCACUGUUUCCUUUUCUCCACAUUCACACUGUCCAUCAGGAUGUUUACCAAUCAGAGCCAGCCCACCUCUCAGCCCACAAUGCCCAAACCUCAAUCUAGAUAACACUACUGCAUCUCUUCUCUGACAUCUAUAAUUACAUCUGUCUUCUCUACCAUUUUUUGUACUGAAUAAUACGCUCUCCCAUUCCUUUCACAAUCCCACGACCUUUGCCACAUUUCUUUUACUGACCUCUUUAUUAUUUCUGUGUAAUCUGGUAACCCAUGCUGCAAAUCAAGCUGAACUCUUUCCUCCUGCACUGCUUUCUUCGGCACCUCAUCUGCCUCCUCAUUACCGGAAACCACAAAACCCACCUCAUUCCCUGCUUUAUGACUUCUAUACAACACCUGCAAAAUUUCCACAAGUAAGUCAGGUCUAGCCUCAGUUUUAAUAUUUUUAAUUGUAUUUAGGGUUGCAGCUGAAUCACUACAUAUGACAGAAUACUCCCUUUUGUUAUCUUCUACCCACCUUACUGCCCAUAGAACUGCCAUCAACUCUGCAGUAAACACUGACAAAUGAUCCUAUAUCCUUUUUUAUAACCUAAUUCGGGUAUACUUUUACCAAAGGCCACUUUCCCACUAUCAGGAUCCUUUGACCCAUCAGUGUAAAUUUGUAGGUGGUCUCCCCAUAUUUGACAUUGCCGGGAUUUUAUCUCCUCCAUUACAACCUCUGGCAUCUUUCUUUUGCUUGUUUUCAAAAAAUAUAAAUCAACAUUGGGAUCUGGAAUCAACCACAAAGGUACUUCUGACCGACAUACUGGUGGACAUACAUUCAAAUUCACAAUACCAAUUUCACCUGCCAUGGAUUUGAUUGUUUCUAUAAAGUUUUUUUUUUAUUUGCAUCCAAAAUCCACAUCCCAACAUGAACAUGGUUUUAUUUGUAUGUUUGUAUGAUUCAAUCUUUAGUCAGGGUUAUAUUUCUCUUAUAACUGCCAAACUGUGAAUUGUACAGUCCUCUAGUAUUUAUUUCCUCAGUGUUUGUUUUGCUGCAGCUUCUGUCCUGUAAUGUGUUUUUCAUGCAUUUGUAUUGGAUGCUAAUCAAUGA